GGGGUUUUUUUUUUUGUUUUUUCUUUGUUUUUCGCGGCGCCGCCGCCGCCGCCGCUCUCGGUGUUGAGGGGAGAAAUGUUUCUGAAUCAAACGGAGCCCGAGUUGUGGUCAGUCGGUGCCGCCUCCCGGCUGAGGUGACCGCUGUCUGGGCCGCGGGCGGAGAAUAUGAAAUUACAGUAACAAGUGAGAGAAGAAAAAUUGACUUGAGUCACUAUGGCACAUGCGGCAAACAAAAAUGCAGAUAAGUCUGCUCCUAGUGAAAGCAUUCUCUCAGGAAUAGCACUUAAUGAUAACAAAGCUGGAAUGGAAGGUUUGGAUAAAGAAAAAAUUAACAAAAUAAUUCUGGAAGCGUCGAAGGGUUCAAAAUUUUAUGAAAAUGAACUUAAGAAGGAGCAGCAGGUAAACCAUCGAAUUGAUAAAAUGUUACAACAGAAAGCACAAAUUACAGAGCAACAGCUGAGGAAAGCACAAUAUCAGGUGGAGCAACUUGCAGCAGACCUGGAGAAGAGACGUGACAUGAGUCGCACAAUUGUACACAUCGAUAUGGAUGCUUUUUAUGCUGCUGUGGAAAUCAGGGAUAACCCUGAGCUAAAAGACAAGCCAAUAGGUGUUGGAUCAACGAGCAUGCUGUCAACAUCAAAUUAUCAUGCACGGAAAUAUGGAGUACGUGCAGCCAUGCCUGGAUUCAUUGCUAAAAAACUGUGUCCAAACCUGAUCAUUGUUCCAGUAAACUUUGACAAGUAUAAAGCAGUGAGCAAAGUGGUACAAGAGAUAUUGGCAGACUAUGACCCCAAUUUUUUCCCAAUAAGUCUAGAUGAGGCCUAUCUGGACAUAACAGAACAUUUAGAACAAAGGCAGAACUGGCCUGAACACAAGCGAACAUAUUACUGUCAUAGUGAAAGUGAUACACAAGAGGAAGAAAGCCCGGGUGAUUUGCAACCGUCCUUUGAAGAUUUGGAAGGCAUCUCACCAGUACUCUUUGAAGACAGCCCCCCUGUGUUGCAGCAGGGAGACUCAGUACAUUGUGAAAAUCAGCAGGAAGGUUGCUGUAUUGAAGGCAGCAAAAAGGAGUCAAAUAAGCAGCAGAAAGAAAAAAUCGUUUUUGGAGUUUCGGUGGAAGAAACUGUCCGAGAAAUGCGCUUCAGGAUUGAGCAGAAAACUAAAUUAACAGCAAGUGCAGGAAUUGCACCAAAUACAAUGUUGUCCAAAGUAUGCAGUGACAUGAAGAAACCUAACGGCCAGUAUCGAAUUCCAUUUGACAGUGAAGCUGUGAUGGGCUUCAUCAAGAACUUACCUAUUAGAAAGGUACCUGGGAUUGGAAAAGUGACAGAAAAGUUGCUGAAUGCUCUUGGCAUCACUAAAUGCACUGAAUUGUACCAGCAGGGGGCACUGCUUUCCCUCCUCUUCUCUGAAACUUCUUGGCAUCAUUUUCUAGAAAUCUCACUUGGCCUGGGUGGCACACAUCUUGAAAGAGAUGGUGAAAGGAAGAGUAUGAGCAUAGAAAGGACAUUCAACGAAAUUUGCAAAGCAGAGGAGCAGUACAGCUUGUGCCGUGAUCUUUGUAGUGACCUUGCUGAAGAUCUCCACAAGAAUGGACUUCGGGGAAAAACUGUUACCAUAAAGCUGAAGAAUGUACAUUUUGAUGUGAAGACAAGGGCCUGCACUGUUCCAGUGCCGGUCUCCACCGAAGAGAAGAUUUUUGCUGUUGCGUAUAAAUUACUAAAGACUGAGAUUGACAGCCUCCACCCACAGCCACUGAGAUUGAGACUUAUGGGUAUAAAGGUGUCUGGCUUUGUUCAGCAAGAAGUGAAAAGAUCUUGCCAAAAAUCUAUCAUCAAUUUCUUCCAUGGUGGAAUACCUGAGCGUUCCCCUGAGUCUGAAAGCAAAGAGAUUAAAACCCAAGUAGAAAUUCCACAAACAUCUGGAGCGGAGAGCUUCUUCAACAAAAAACGUGCAAUGUGGCAGCAAAACAAUCAGGAGGCCUUUUUCAAAAGGGUUCUUGCAAACAGGCAUCAGGAAACCUGCAAAACUGCCGUAACCAUGCCAGUGGGCAGUGUGGAUGAAAUGCAGUCUGAUGGUGGACUGACUGCAGAGAUGAAGAUAACCAGCAAUUGCCCAAUAUGCUUCAAAAUGCAGAGUGUACCUAAUCUAGAGGCGUUUAACAAGCACAUCGAUGAGUGCCUAAGUACAAGCAUAGUGGAAGAGAAUUUACCUCCUUCAGUUAUAGAGAUAGCAGAUGAAAUGAUUAUUUCAAAAACAAGUUCAGCAUUUAUGAAGGAAGGAUCUGUCUUGGAUAAUAAUUUAAGAAAGAAAAAUUUGAUUAAUCUAAAAAGUUAUCAUUUAAACAAGGAGCAGAAGGGCAAGAAAUGUAGCAAGAAGUCUUCAAAGAUGAGUCCAAAUAUUAUAGAAGACGUUUUAGAAACAGAAGCUGAAAACAGCAAUUAUUGUAGAGCAUCUUUAAUAGAAAGCAGCACAUACUGUAUUGGAGAAUCUGUUCAACAGACUGAUGUAACAGAGACAUUAAAUGAUCAUAUAGCUUUGCCUGACUAUACAGCAAAAUCUUUGGAAGUCGGAAAGGACAGUAAUGCAUUUGAAAGGGAAUUUUCAAACCACAAUCUAUCUUGCACUAAAGAACCUCUUAAAUCUAGUAAAUCAACACAGCUGGAAGAAAUAUACGAUCAACAAAAUGUUAGCUGUAACAUAUUAGAACACUCUUUGUCUGUACAACAUAACCAAUUGAGACCAAGAACUCAAUAUGUGGAGCAGUCAAGUCAGACGAUAUCUAAAAUGUCAAAGAAAAAGCAUUCAAUCCAAGUUGGAGAAGCCACAGCCUUGGUUUGUCCAGUUUGCAAUGUUGAGCAAGCAAAAACUGAUCUGUCAGCAUUUAACCAGCAUGUUGAUAUAUGUUUAAACCAAGGGGUUAUACAGGAGCUCAUUGAAAGACAAGCUCAUCCAUCCAACACAUACAAUGUUUCAAAUCGGAAUAUCGUAGGUCUGUCGGGAUUUGAGAAACCAUCUUCAAACUCUAUGACUCGAAUAAAAAGGAUGGGAUCAUCAGCUCAGAAACCAGCAUCGAAAAAAGCAAGAUUCAACAAUUCUAAGCUUACUAUCGACAAUUUUUUUAAAUAGAAUUAAGUUUGAAAACAUUGUGUACUGGAAUAAAGAAUUUUGGAAAAUCUCUGAAUUUCAGGGUUGCAGAAACAUACAGCAUAGCAUUUGUUGUAAAGCACUUUCCUUUUUUAUAUUUAAUAUUGGUAUGUUCUACUCAAUUAUGAUUUUGUCAGUUAUACAGCUGUCUGGAUCUCUUAAAAGGUAUAUUUUAGAUUUAAUGUUGUAAAUUAAUUACUGGUAAUGGAUAUAAAUUAUUUUUAAUACAUUUGAUAUAGCAGGAACCAUGAUGUAAUUUUCCAGGAACAGUGCCCAGUUCUGAAAUCAAUAAAUUAUUGUAGAGUACUUAAUCACAAUAAAAGAUCUAAACCUGAUGCUUUAAUUUCUAGGACUAUACAGGGGAACCUUGUUAGAAGUUAAACCUCCAAGUCUAAUGUAAGCUAAAAACAAUGGCCAACUUCUAGGUCAUUAAGUUGUCGCUGAUGUUACUUGCUGUGGGGGGGUUUAUUUCAAUGCACACUGUACAUGUGCACCACUGUCAGCAGCACUGCUCUGCACGGCGCACAGGUCAGAACACUGAUUGACCAGCGCCUUGGGAUAUCCUCCCGACGUGAAAGGCACUAUACAAAUGUAAUUCUGUUGUCUCAUCAGCACCACUUCCAUGCAGGAAGGGAUGUCAGUGGCAACUUGAUGACAAAGAAGUUAGCCUUUUUUAAAGCCAAUGCAGGAAGUUAGCUAGUCAGCGGUUGGGUGUACCACACUUAUGGUUUCACAGAACACUGGACUAUACUAGGGGUUUGCCAUUACAGGAUUCCCCUGGGAAACAGUUAUUUUUUUAAUAUACAUUUGUACAGGAGAUUUACCUGCCUGAGGUGUACCUGUCUUAAUUUAGGGAAAUACUUGUACAGUUGUAAGCAGCUGUUAUAUUAUUCUGAAACAAAACUAUCUUUCUGGUGGGGGAGUGGGACCAGAAAAAGGUUAUGAUUCAGUGGGACCAGAAAAAGCUCACUGUGGAGCUUUUUCUGGUCCCACUCAAUGGUCCAACCAUUAUAUGUUUAUCUAUGUUGAUGAAUCCUUCGUCAAUUUGCUUUUAACUGGUCCAUUUAUUAUUUAAUCUUCUUUAUAUAUGUCAUCUGGCAAGAUAGCACAACCUCAUAAGAAAAUGUUCUACUGAGUAACUGCCAAAUCAUAAUAAAUAAUGUGAACACUUGUCCAAAGGAUUUGACAAAGAUAAUUAUAUAAUUUUGCUAACAUUUUCAAUGUUUGCCAGCUGCUGAUGUAAUGAAUUACUACAUUGGUACCCAAUAACUUUGCAUGUUACCUUUUCUUAUAUCACAUAUAGUCAGUUAAUGUAACUGUUACAUUAUAUUUAUACUCUGACAUUGUAUUCGAAAGUUUAUGCGACAUGUUGAUAUGCAGAAAAUGCUAUACUAUGCACGUGGUUUUAAAAUAAAAGCCUUUUUGAAA